CACUGUUUCUGUGCAGCGGACAGGACAGGGGCAGGAGGUCCUGGACAGUCAUCUCAGGGGCAUCUGCCUGGCAGUCCUCUCUGGGCUAUCUUCAGACCAGCUCUACAUGAUGCCAUUUGGCCAGGGGAAGUGGAGUUGCUCGCUGGCACCUGGUUUAGAGAGAGGCCAGGAAAGGGCUAGUGAGAAGAGAAGCAACCAAAGCCAGCUUCUCAGUUGCUAAAAUGACCAGGAGGAUUUGGGGAGGCCAAGUUGGACCAGAUAGCCAGUACCUCACAGUGGGCAGCCUGAGGUCCUGUUCUUCCUUCCUGAGAACUUCUCCAGCCCCUUUCCUGUAAGAAGCUUUAAAAACUCCACCCACAGGCGGCCAACACUAAGACACACUGCCCUCCAGAAACGAUGGGUGUCGCUAGAUCCAGCUGGGACUCUGCCAGCCUCCGGCACUCAGUCUAAGAGAAGGGCCAUCUUCCAGCCCUGCUGUCCCUGCCUGUCAUGGCCACAUUCAGCUGCUGUCUGCAUGUCUGGGGACACAGGGCACCCAGCCCCAGCCCUGAGAAGUUAAGCCAGGCCUUCUGGCUCGGUUCCACAGGGGCACUCCAGACCCCAGGCCCCUUUCAGAGCAAAAGCAACUGAUGCUAUGGGAGAAGCCCUGCCCACCUGUCCACUCGCCUGGCACUGCCCACUCUGAGACCCAUGCACUGGGUUCCCCUGGAGGUGCCAACCCUGUGAGUCCCUCCCUGUCCCCUGACGCUGAGAAGGCCCUGCCAACCCCCACCAUGUGUGAGGUGAUGCCCACAAUCAAUGAGGGGGACCCCCUGGGUCCCCCUCAUGGCGCCGAUGCUGACGCCAACUUCGAGCAGCUGAUGGUGAACAUGCUGGACGAGCGGGAGAAGUUGCUGGAGUCUCUUCGGGAGAGUCAGGAGACCUUGGCGGCCACACAGAGCCGGCUCCAGGAUGCCCUACACGAGCGGGACCAGCUCCAGCGCCACCUUAACUCCGCCCUCCCCCAGGAAUUUGCCACCUUAACCCGGGAGUUGAGCAUGUGUCGGGAGCAGCUUCUAGAGCGGGAGGAAGAGAUAUCAGAACUGAAAGCAGAACGGAAUAACACACGGCUGCUUCUGGAACAUCUGGAGUGCCUGGUGUCCCGCCAUGAACGGUCACUGCGGAUGACUGUGGUGAAGCGCCAGGCCCAGUCACCUUCGGGGGUCUCCAGUGAGGUGGAGGUGCUGAAAGCCCUCAAGUCACUGUUUGAGCACCACAAGGCCCUGGAUGAGAAGGUGCGAGAGCGGCUCCGGGCAGCGCUGGAGCGAGUCACCACCUUGGAGGAGCAGCUGGCAGGUGCCCACCAGCAGGUGUCUGCCCUGCAGCAGGGGGCAGGGGUGCGGGAUGGAGCGGCAGAAGAGGAGGGGACUGUGGAGCUGGGGCCGAAACGCCUGUGGAAGGAGGAUACGGGCCGGGUAGAGGAGCUGCAGGAGCUCCUGGAGAAGCAGAACUUUGAGUUGAGCCAGGCCCGGGAGCGACUGGUCACCCUAACAACAACCGUGACUGAACUCGAGGAGGACCUGGGCACGGCCCGCCGGGACCUCAUCAAGUCGGAGGAGCUGAGCAGCAAGCAUCAGCGGGACCUCCGGGAGGCUCUGGCCCAGAAGGAGGACAUGGAAGAGCGCAUUACUACACUGGAGAAGCGCUACCUGGCUGCUCAGCGUGAGGCAACAUCCAUCCAUGACCUCAAUGACAAGCUGGAGAAUGAGCUGGCCAACAAGGAGUCCCUGCACCGCCAGUGUGAGGAGAAGGCCCGACACCUGCAGGAGCUGCUGGAGGUGGCAGAGCAGAAGCUGCAGCAGACGAUGCGCAAGGCAGAGACGCUGCCAGAGGUGGAGGCUGAGCUGGCCCAGAGAAUUGCAGCCCUCACCAAGGCUGAAGAACGGCAUGGCAACAUUGAGGAGCACCUGCGGCAGCUGGAGGGACAGCUGGAGGAGAAGAACCAGGAGCUGGCACGGGUGCGCCAGCGGGAAAAGAUGAAUGAGGACCACAACAAGCGGCUGUCGGACACAGUGGACCGGCUGCUCAGCGAGUCCAACGAGCGUCUGCAGCUCCACCUGAAGGAGCGCAUGGCUGCCCUGGAAGAGAAGAACACGUUGAUCCAGGAGUUGGAGAGCUCCCAGCGGCAGAUUGAGGAGCAGCACCACCACAAGGGCCGCCUGUCUGAAGAGAUUGAGAAGCUGCGCCAAGAGGUGGACCAGCUGAAGGGCCGAGGGGGGCCGUUUGUGGAUGGCGUCCACUCCAGGUCUCACAUGGGCAGUGCAGCAGACGUGCGGUUCUCCCUGGGCACAACCACACACGCAGCCCCAGGCGUGCAUCGCCGCUACUCGGCAUUGAGGGAAGAGUCUGCCAAGGACUGGGAGACUUCUCCACUGCCUGGGAUGCUGGCCCCGGCAGCUGCCCCUGCCUUUGACAGUGACCCUGAGAUCUCCGACGUGGAUGAGGAUGAGCCAGGGGGUCUGGUGGGCUCUGCGGAUGUUGUCUCCCCCAGCGGCCACUCAGAUGCCCAGACCCUGGCCAUGAUGCUGCAGGAGCAGCUGGAUGCCAUCAAUGAGGAAAUCAGGAUGAUUCAGGAAGAGAAGGAGUCCACGGAGCUCCGCGCGGAGGAGAUUGAGACGCGUGUAACCAGCGGCAGCAUGGAAGCCCUAAACCUGAAGCAGCUGCGCAAGCGUGGUUCCAUCCCCACCUCUCUGACGGCCCUGUCCCUGGCCAGCGCGUCCCCACCACUCAGCGGCCGCUCCACAGCUAAGCUCACCUCCCGCAGUGCUGCCCAGGACCUGGACCGAAUGGGGGUCAUGACCCUGCCCAGUGACUUAAGAAAGCAUAGGAGGAAGCUGCUGUCGCCAGUGUCUCGGGAAGAGAACCGAGAGGAUAAAGCCACCAUAAAAUGUGAGACUUCUCCUCCUUCCUCACCCAGGACGCUGCGGCUAGAGAAGCUUGGCCACCCAGCCCUGAGCCAGGAAGAAGGCAAGAGUGCCUUGGAGGAUCAGGGCAGCAACCCCAGCAGCAGCAACAGCAGCCAGGACUCCCUGCACAAGGGCGCCAAGCGCAAGGGCAUCAAGUCGUCCAUUGGCCGCCUGUUUGGGAAGAAGGAGAAGGGCAGGCUGAUCCAGCUGAGUCGGGAUGGAGCCACAGGCCAUGUUCUGCUAACAGACUCCGAAUUCAGUAUGCAGGAGCCUAUGGUGCCUGCCAAGCUGGGGACCCAGGCAGAGAAGGACCGGCGGCUAAAGAAGAAACACCAGCUGCUUGAAGAUGCCCGCAGGAAAGGAAUGCCCUUUGCCCAGUGGGAUGGUCCUACUGUGGUCUCCUGGUUGGAGCUCUGGGUGGGGAUGCCUGCCUGGUACGUGGCAGCCUGCCGGGCCAACGUCAAGAGUGGUGCCAUCAUGUCCGCUCUGUCGGACACAGAGAUCCAACGGGAGAUCGGCAUCAGCAAUGCCCUGCACCGGCUCAAGCUCCGCCUGGCCAUUCAGGAGAUGGUGUCAUUGACCAGCCCCUCUGCCCCACCCACCUCCAGGACUUCUUCUGGGAAUGUCUGGGUCACCCAUGAAGAGAUGGAAACUCUGGAAACAUCUACUAAAACAGACAGUGAGGAGGGCAGCUGGGCUCAGACCCUGGCCUAUGGGGACAUGAACCAUGAGUGGAUUGGGAAUGAAUGGCUACCCAGCCUGGGGCUCCCACAGUACCGCAGCUACUUCAUGGAGUGCCUGGUGGACGCCCGCAUGCUGGACCACCUCACCAAGAAGGACCUGCGGGUCCACCUGAAGAUGGUGGACAGCUUCCAUCGAACCAGUCUUCAGUAUGGCAUCAUGUGUCUGAAGAGGCUGAAUUAUGACCGGAAGGAGCUGGAGAAGAGGCGAGAGGAGAGCCAGCACGAGAUCAAGGAUGUGUUAGUCUGGACCAACGACCAGGUGGUUCAUUGGGUCCAGUCUAUUGGGCUCCGGGACUACGCAGGAAACCUGCAUGAGAGUGGUGUGCACGGAGCCUUGCUGGCCCUGGACGAGAACUUCGACCACAACACACUGGCCCUGAUCCUCCAGAUCCCCACACAGAACACCCAGGCACGCCAAGUGAUGGAAAGAGAGUUCAAUAACCUGUUGGCCUUGGGCACAGACCGGAAGCUGGAUGACGGGGAUGACAAGGUGUUUCGCCGCGCGCCCUCCUGGAGGAAGCGCUUCCGGCCGCGUGAGCACCACGGUCGCGGAGGCAUGCUCAGCGCUUCCGCGGAGACCCUCCCGGCGGGCUUCCGUGUGUCCACCCUGGGGCCCCUGCAGCCCCCACCGGCCCCACCAAAGAAGAUCAUGCCUGAAGCUCCUAGUCUCGUCCGUGACUUUCCGGUUGCCCUGGAUCUCAGAAUAUAUUCGUCCACCCCCUCGGCACCCCAUUACCCUGAAUCCCACCGUGUGUCCGUUGUAAGUCCGGUGGAUGUGGCUGGGGUUUCCUGGUAUUGUGGAGGCACCCAGGUUGUCCAUGCUUGGGAUUCUGGGGGAAGGAGAGAAGGGCAGCCCAGGGUGGAUGUGAAGCCACCCUUCCUCUUCUGGACCCAGCCUGGUCUGCACUGCAACCUCCACCAGGACCGGGAUCCUGGGCCACAGGCUGGGAUGAUCCUUCCAAGAAAGGGUCAUUUCAGACGCAGCCCUGCUUGGGCUAUUCAACCUUAGGGUGUCUAUCCACGUCUGGCUGUGCCAAAUGGUCUGGCAGCUGGUUUUGGCAUCCCCAGCAUCACCACUCUCCCAACCCAUCACCAUGACUGCAGUUCCUGCCCCCAUUCUCUUGGGGUCAGGGAGGGGCUGGGAAGGGCUACUGAAGGCCCCAUUCUCCCACAGGAUGGUGAGGCUGGGAGGAGGAAGACUGAGGUAGAGAUUCCAGGCCCUGGCAUAAGCUGAAUCCCAAAUUUGGGUUUGGGAAGAACCAGAGAGAAAUGGAUCCCUGAGCUCUGAGCCAAGGGUGAGGAUGGGGAAACUCUAAGCUCCCGCCUAAUAAGAAGCAUAGGUAGACCAGCCAGAGGGAGAGCCAAUGGCUUCUGGUAGCCUUAAGCCCAAAGGGCAGUGGGAAUGUCCCCUGCCCCAACCAUCGGGUGGAGCUCCUGCUGGGCUGUGGGGAAGGGAGGUUGUGCGGAUCUUGACUCUAGGGCAGAACAGAUCUAACCAUGCAUUGCUAGCUCUGUUCCCAGCAUCCCUUCCCCUUCUCUCCUCCUCUGCCUCACUUCUUUAGUAAUCCCAACCCUAUAAAAAUGAACCUAAUGGGUGGAUUGAAUAUACAUUGACCCUAAAGUCAAGUUUGGGGAAAAGGCAGACUAAGACCUCCUUUCUCUGACCUCCCAGGAAGGAAAUAGCUUCUCCUACAGUGAUUCAUGUCCCAGGUCCAGGAAAUCCAAUGUUGGUGAAGGCAGCCACUCUCUUGCUUGUCCCCAAAUCACCUAACCCUCAUCCAGGGCUAUUUCGGUGGGCAGGGACUGCCUCCUCCUGGAACUCCUAAGAUCCGCCCAGCUGCCACCAUUUUCAUUGCUUUCCCCAGCAGCAUGAUGGGAACCCAAGCUGAGGGAUACAGGUCCUGAUUUGGUAGGAAUAUUAUUCCCAAGAAAUACCCCCUCCUCACCUACUCCCUCAUCCUACCAAGGUGCCUGAAAAUGUUCAAGACUUAUGUUCAGGGUGGGAUGAUGGAACCGAGGGCUUCAUCAAAGUGAGAGGAAAGGAAAAGCAUCUGGCACGUGUUUCUUGGAUAGGGGCCAGUGCAGUGCCAUACUACAGGUGGCUGGAGCAGCUGCUUUGCAACCUGAUCACCUUGAGUUCUGAGCAGGGACUAGGCUUGCAGGUGAGAUAAUGGGCCAGGGCACCCAGUCCAGAAGGAGCAAUGGCACCUGGGCAGUGCCAGGGCUUAGAGCCUGCUGCUCCUUUUUGGUAGAGGAGAGGCCCAUCACUGGUGUGGUGGGGUGGGCUCUCCCCUAGGCUUGGGCAAGGCAGCCACCUGCCCUUGCUCUCCCUUAGUGUUCCCUGGCCUCCCUGCCAUCAGGUUGCUGGGAGUGGAGAUGGAGGGAUUAUUGAGCAGAAAAUCAGUUGGAUAGAGAUAAACAGCUCCCAUCCCUGGGUAAUGAAUGUUAAGAUGAUGGAGAUUCCUAAGAUUGGUGGAGUUGGGCAAUGCAUAGCCAUCUGAAUCCUUCAGGGUGCUCUUGAUGGGCUGGCUGUAAGGGAGACUCAGUCCCAGCCUCUCCCCUGUACAACUCCUGCCACUGUUGGCCAUGUCGUAAGGCAGCAGCUGUGCCAGGAUAGCUGUCCAUUCAGAGCACCUUGAGAAGUGUUGGAGGGAGGUGUUAAGAAGAGAAAUCUGUGCAAACAGUGAUGGAAGGCUGUUGUCUUGGUGUAUCCCUUGCCUCAUAGUCAAUAUAUUUUUUUUUUUGGCGAGUCACCAGUGACCCGAGCCCUCCACACCAGCCUCCUGUAUCUCAUCAGGUCCCUUCUCAGUACUGUAUUUGCUCAGUGCAUCAGGAAUGGGUGUAUGGGUGUGUGUGGGUGGGUGUGAGUGUGGAUGUGUACGUACCAAUAAACAACCUGGUUUUAAGACAAUGUACAAA